AUGGCAACUGUUAAGAGCAUGAUCGUUGGCGGAUGUUUCGGGUGUUUCUCGUGUUUUUUGGUGGUAUUUCAACUGGUUGGAUUUAUAAUCUUUCCUAUUAGCCUUCAACAAACCACCGGUCUUACGAUUGGAGAUCAUCGAUGGUCGACCUCGAUCUGGUGGAUAAUUAAUUUGUCAUUAACAGUGGUUUGUGGCGUUAUGGCUAAACGUAACUACGAUAAGCUUUUCAACGGCUUGCUCCUAACAGAAGCGAUGAACAAUUAUUUCAAGUUCGUCUUCGGCUGGCUGACGGUUUGCGUGACGCUAGCCGACUCCUGGUUUGGUUGUGAAACGCAUCGCUCGAUUUGGAUACGGUACCGCAAUCUGGCCACCGCGAAUGGAUCAUGCCUCGGGUUGAUGGGAAGAACCCAACUAGUCCGUGUUAUGCUACGCUUUUUCAUCGUCGUUCUGGUGAUAACAGCAGUAUGCGCAAUAGUUGAGCGUCAGAUGUACUACGGUGUUGCUUACGGUUCGCAAUGGCACUAUUUUUGGAUGCACAACAUAUACCCAUACACAAUCAGUCACUUUAGGCACGUGUAUCAUCUGCUGCACAUCUUACUGAUGACGGCCAAUGUACGGCAAUUGCAGAACAGAUUGGACCGCUUGCAGCGCUUCGGCGUAACGGAGCACAUGGAAGCAUGCCGCGCAUUCUACGGCGAGCUGUGGCAGAUAAACGAGGCCAUCAACGAGCUGUUUGGGUUUUCGCAAGCAUUAAACAUCGCCUGCAGCUUCGCUCAGAUUGCAUUCGAUCUUUAUUGGAUGUAUGCGAUGUGGGUGUCGCAGAAUGGAAGUAUUGAAUGUAAGUAAAACAGUAAUAAGACAAAUGAGACUCAAAAGUAAUCUGAAAACAUUCGUUUUUUUUUGUCAAGUACAAUUAUUCUGUCUCGUUCCAACACCGGUAAUCAUAGGCUUUUUAAUGAAUGCCGCGAAAA